AUGGUCAAGAAAGUUUUAUUAUUAGGUUCAGGUUUUGUUGCUAAGCCAACCGUUGAUAUUUUAGCUAAAACUGAAGGUGUUCAAGUUACUGUUGCUUGUAGAACAUUAGAAAAAGCUCAAUCAUUGGCUUCUGAUGUUGCCACUGCCAUCUCAUUAGAUGUUUCAAAAGAGUCAGAAUUAGAUGCUGCUGUGUCUGACCAUGAUUUGAUUAUUUCUUUGAUCCCAUAUAUUUAUCAUGCUACUGUUGUUAAAUCAGCUAUCAAACACAAAAAGAACGUUUUAACAACUUCAUACAUCUCACCAGCUUUAAAAGAAUUAGAAGAUCAAAUCAACGAAGCUGGUAUCUUGGUUUUCAAUGAAAUUGGUUUAGAUCCAGGUCUUGACCAUUUAUAUGCUGUUAAAACCAUUGAUGAAGUCCACAAAGCUGGUGGUAAAAUCAAAUCAUUCAUUUCUUACUGUGGUGGUUUAGCUGCACCAGAAGAUGCCAAUAACCCAUUAGGUUAUAAAUUUAGUUGGAGUGCUAGAGGUGUCUUGUUGGCCUUAAGAAAUUCAGCCACUUUCUAUAAAGAUGGUAAAAAAGUUGAAGUUGAUGGUCCAGAAUUAAUGGGUUACACGGCUCCUUACAAAAUCAACGAAUUUACUGAAAAGGGCUUGGUUGCUUAUCCAAACAGAGAUUCAACUGUUUUCAGAGAAUUAUAUGAAAUUCCAGAAGCUGAAACAGUUAUUCGUGGUACUUUACGUUUCGAAGGUUUCCCUGAAUUCAUUAAGGUUUUGGUUGACUUGGGUUUAUUGAAGGAUGAUGAAAAUGAAAUUUUCACUCAAAAAUUAUCAUGGAAAGAUGCUUUAGCUAAAUAUUUAGGAGCUGAAUCUUCAAAAGAAGAAGAUUUAAUUAAAUCUAUUGAAUCUAAAACCAAGUUUGCAGAUGAAGACGCCAAAAAGAAAAUCAUCGAUGGUUUCAACUGGUUUGGCUUAUUAUCAGAUGAAGAAAUUGAUCCAAAGGGUAAUCCUUUAGAUACCUUGUGUUCUCGUUUUGAAAAAUUAUUACAAUUCGAAAAAGGUGAAAGAGAUUUAGUUAUCUUACAACAUAAAUUUGGUAUCGAGAACAAAGAUGGCUCUGAAGAAACACGUACUUCAACUUUGGUUGAUUAUGGUGCUCCAACUGGUUCUGGUUACAGUUCAAUGGCUAAGUUAGUUGGUACUCCAGCUGCUGUUGCUUCUCAAUUGAUCUUGAGUGGCAAAUUACCAGUUCAAAAAGGUUUAAUUGCACCAUAUUCUCCAGAAAUCAACGAUCCAAUCAUUAAAAUCUUAAAAGAUGAAUACAAGAUUGAAUUGACCGAAAAAACUUUAUAG